AUGCUAGACUGGUGGGUAGUGUAUAUCUACUACCUUGUGUAUGAUAAUCAUAUCAGUUCAGUUUGGCCUGGAAAAGUGGUUUUGGUUUUGGGCAGGAUCACAAAUCUUGUUAAUGAGAACUCGUUUGGAGACAACUGCAUUGCCAUCAAUAAUGAUUGCUCUUUCCUCAACAUAACUGGUAUUACUUGUGGUCGUGGCCAUGGCAUCAGUGUUGGGAGCCUUGGGAAAGAUGGAAAGUUUGAGACAGUAGAAGAGGUACAUGUGAGAAAUUGCAUCUUCCAAGGAACAAAAAAUGGAGCUAGGAUCAAGACAUGGCAGGGAGGAUCCGGGUAUGCCAGAAAGAUAACAUUUGAAGAUAUUAUACUCAAUGGAGCAAAGAAUCCUAUUAUCAUUGACCAAAAUUAUAAUGAUUUUCAACGUAAUGGCCCUGUAGUGAAAGUGAGUGAUGUUACUUACCGUAACAUCACAGGAACCACAGUUUUCGUGGAGGCAAUCUCACUGAAUUGUGACCCCGUUGGCUGCUCCGACAUUGUAUUAGAUCAUAUUGACAUAACCUUUGCAUCUGCAGGGAAAAGUGCACAAUCAUUGUGUAAAAACGUUCAUGGGACAUUCACUUCAUGGGUCACUGAACUCUCUCUUCCCUUCGCUCCUUUCCUUGUUGGGGGGAGACACCUGCUUCCUUAG